UAAUAAAAAGUAUACUAGCGUGUGAUGCAUGCACUGUUGUUCUCCUUCAGCGUGUUUUUGGUGGAUUAUUUAAUUCAUAUCAGGUAAAGGCAACUACCACGGUGGAGUGAUGUCAUUAUAUGGAAUUGCUUACAUUUUUUUGAUUCAUACAGUUAACAACAAAUAAAUAAAACCAGCUAUGAAAGCCGCCAUAUUUCUUGUUUACUUUCUGUUGAUGGUAACCCUCCAUCAUGUUGCUGCAACUUUAAGAUGCAAUUGCAAGAAAGCCAAAUGCAUGGAACCAAAAGGCUGUAAAGCAGGAGUGCGACCAGAUAUGUGCAACUGCUGCAAAGUGUGCGCAAAGGAGGAGGGACAACUUUGUGCUGGUCCAAACUAUGUUGAAGGGCAAUGCGGUGAUAAUUUACAGUGCAUGGUUAGACAUGUACGAAGUCAUAAAAACAAAAUGAAAACAAGCAUCAAUGAAUUAGUUGGCAAGUGUGAACACAUCCGAUGUCAUUAUAAAAGAUGCCCGUUUGGUAAAUCCUGCAAAAUGAUAAAUGGGGCACCGACUUGUGUGUGUCCAGAUUGCACUAAUACAAUAAAGAAGCCGGUAUGCGGAGCACGAAACAAUAAAGAGUACUCAAGUGAGUGUGAACUAAGAAAAGAUGAAUGUGAGACUGGUAGAGAGAUUGGAUUGAUCGAAAGCGCAUGCGUCGAUAAAAAUGUCAGUUUGGUAACUUGUGGAAGGGAUUCGAUGCGCAUUGAAAUCCUCAAGUCAUAUCUUGGUAAGCGUCAUAGAAAGUUAAGUCUGCUUGAGUCGGAUUGUACCAUGAAAGAAAACGCUACACAUAUUUUCUUCGAAACAAAGUUGAAUCAUUGCGGCACAAAAGUGACGUAUACAUUAACCUCGGUGGUAUAUUCAAACGUAGUCCGAAGCUAUACAGACCCAAAAUCCAUGAUCAUAAGACGCAAGAACAUACAAAUACCGUUUGAAUGUGAUUAUUCGCUAAGAAGCAGGAACCGAAUAAAAAUAUCAACACGAGGAGAAUUUGGUGACAAAAUUAUCGAAAGAUUGAGUGCGAAUGGAGUUGGUAUAAGAAUUCGAGAGGUUAAUUCGCGACGAAAAUAUCGUUCUCUGAAUAAUGGCGGCUUAAAAGUUGAUAUCAAUCAUCUUGAAAAAUACAUUGUUGAAUUGAAACCCAAAUCAUUUUCAAAAACAAAUAUCUAUCCGAAAGUUUGUUAUGUUACACCUGUUGUCAUGACCCAAAGAUGGAUGAAAUACACGUUAAUUGAGGACGGGUGUCCCAUCGAAAAUGGUGUUGAAAUAUUACAGGCAAAAAGCCCUAUCAUAAGACUCUCUGUUCCAGGAAUCAAAUUUCGAGGAGCACGUUAUCCUGGUGUUCUUGUCAGAUGUAAACUUCAAUAUUGUCAUGCUCAAACUAAAUCUUUAGGUUGUAGAAAACAAUGUCCUCCAGUAAACGCUGGGAGAGGAAAAAGAGAUUCGCAUGUAAACAAGAGACUAUUGGCUAGGAUUGCAAAAGGAAAACCGUUCGUAUUAAGUUGAUUUUGUAAGAGAUCUGGAAGUCGUUCAUCGAUAGCUCUCGUAGUGUACGAUUAAAAACAGAUGAUUUAGUCAAGUGUCAGGUUACGAAACAUGCUCAAGUAAUAAACCAUCAAUAGCAUUUAUAUCUAUUAUGAAAGAUUUUACUUUACAAAAAAAAACUAAAGUUUGGAUGAAAUGCAACUAUACAUUCUUUUGUCAUAAUUUCAUCUUGUAAAGACUUUUUUUGUUUCUCUUCUAUGUAAAUUAUUUAACACAUAUUUUUGUAAAAAUUCUUUACUUUUUAUAAACAAGAUUUUGCGGA